AUGAAUAAAUAUUUGGAGAUUAAUGAUACAAUGAUGAUUGCAGGAAGUUCGAAUGGACGAAAUAAAGGAGGUACCCUGAGUGGAAAGAGAAGUCCACCCAAGCAGACAUUGCUCGAUAUGAUACCUCCGCCUCCACCAAACGCUCCUCCAUCUGAUAUUCUGAGCGACACACACUCAGAAGAAAUCGUGGAUUCACCAGUUAAUCAUCUAAUGGAUGUUAACGAACACUACGAUGCCGUAUCUGAUGCACUAUUAUUCGAGAAUGAUGCAAAACACGUACACGAGAAACCCAGUCUGGCAAAUACUAGGCCAAAUAGUCGGAAUAGGAUAAAUCAUCGGAGUGGAGCAGUGGGUAGUUGCGGCGCAGGUCAAGAAGAUGAUGACAGUCAGAGGUCUUCACUGAUGAACGACAAUAAUCGAUCAGCAUUUUGCUCGUCUUCAGAAGGUGAUGAAGAAAAUUCAGAAGAUGAUCGUAUUCGAAGAUCUUCGAAUCGUGUUGAUCGUUCCCAAAGUCCAGAAUAUGCUGCCCAUCGACCCUCACAACCGUGUAUGGGUGUUAAUGCUUCGGCGCUUACUCAGAAUGAUGGAUUAUCAGCAGUGCGUUCUUCGAGUCGUUUGAAAUCGAUGUCUCGAAAUUGUAAAAAAGAUCUGGUCUAG